UUUGUCAUUGUCACUUGUAAUGUCAAAACUCUACAAAAUAAAAAUUUUUGUUCGUCCGUUCCGAUCGCAGAGGAGAUAUGUAAUAACAAAUACAUAUUUUGCUAACAUAGAAAUCAGCUUUAUAGCACGUGGAAUAAAAAGCAAUAUCCAAUAUUUUUUGUCUUAAAGAUGGCUACCAAAACAAUUGCCAGUGCAACAGUAAGGGCUGUUAAAAAAAGGGUGCUCCCUUCACGGGCUGCAUUAGUUCUGACUCCAACCGCAGUGCAAAAAGUGAAAGAGAUUAUGUCGAAGGAAGAAGCUAAAGGUUUCAUAGGAUUGAAAGUAGGAGUUAGACAAAGAGGUUGUAAUGGGUUAUCCUACACAUUAGAUUAUGCAACAACUAAAGGCAAAUUGGAUGAAGAGGUGAAACAGGAUGGUGUAACAAUUAUAAUAGACAAGAAAGCACAGUUAACCUUGUUAGGUACUGAAAUGGAUUUUGUAGAGGAUAAGCUUUCAGCUGAAUUUGUUUUUAACAAUCCAAACAUAAAAGGCACAUGUGGCUGUGGGGAAUCAUUUAGUAUAUAAAAUGAACCACAAAUCUGUAUUGCCUAGUCUCACAUUAAUGAAGCUUAGAUCUUUUGAUUGUAGAUAAAAAUUGUCAAGCACCUUUUAUUUCCUGGUAAUUUUAAAAAGUUAGGCAAAAAUAGUGUUAAGACUUUGUUGUGAUGAAUAGAUUGUAUUUUAUUGUACAGUAGAUGUUAUAUGUUGACAGAUGUAAUAUACUUUUUUUUU